UUCACGACUGGGCGGAACAAGAAAAUGGCAGACUUCGAAAAUUUUGAGGGGGCAACCCCAGAAAAUAACGCGGAAGAAGACCCUGCGGCUGCCUUUUUGGCCCGCGAACAGGAUCAGCUAGCUGGUCUAGAUGAUGAAGGUGCUGAUCAGGGUGGUUUUGAGGACCAAAAUACAGGCUUUGGAAAUGAAGAUGGAGAAGUAAAUCAAGACUUAGGUGGUUUGGGAGGGGAACAGCCGCCGGCCGAUGACUAUUCUUUCCUUGAGGAUGCAGGCUAUGAUGGACUCACUACCACUUCCGAUUACUCAAACAUCCCCCAGGACGAGAAUGCUGCCCCGGUAAUGGAUGACAUUGGUUCUGACAAUGAAGCAACCACCAACGGCCCUUCGGACGUUUACAGCGCCAUCUCGCAGGUCGAUACACAACGGGCAGAACCGGAGAAGAUCAAGAUAUGGCGUGAAGAGCAGAAAACAAGGCUCGAAGAGAAAGAUGCUGAUGCUGAAACGAAGAAGCUCGAAUGGCGGGAGAUUGCAAGGAAAGAGCUGGACGAUUGGCACAAGAACCGAUCAGAUCAGUUGGAGAAGGCCAAGGAAACCAACCGGGUGAAUCAAGCAGAGUUUUUCAAGGAGCGAGAGGCUGCGGAGCAGGCCUUCGUUCAGGAACGGGAUGAAAGCAUCCCUGGACAUGAAUGGGAACGAAUCUGCCGUCUCUGUGACUUUAACCCCAAAAAUUCCAAGAACUCCAAAGAUGUGUCGCGGAUGAGGUCGAUAAUCCUCCAGCUAAAACAAACACCGUUGGUGCGAUAAAUGUCACUUUCUACUGUGAGGUGGCGUUACUGUUUGAAAGAGAGACUUUGUGGAAUUAUGUUUGGAAAUCUCAUGUGUAGUAUAUUUCCCUUGUUUCAACUGGGGCAGCUGUGCAGUUGCUCUUGAGGCUGUGCUUCCAAGUCGUAAGGACAGCCAUAUUGAACUUUACUAGGUUCAGUCUGUUUCAGAAUGUUCUUGUAGCAGUGUCUUAAAUUCUUAUUCAAAGUUUAAAAUAUUUAUGACUAAUUUCCUAGUCAGAUUUAUAGAUUCUGUAAGAUUCCAAAAAACUUGUUUUAGGUAGAUUGGUUCCUAUCGAUGAUAGAUGUUAUUCAUCUUCUAAUCAGGCUUCUGCCCGAACCUUGGAAAUAGACUUAGUGGGAAUAAGAUGCUCGCCCAAAACAGUCAAUGAUGCUGUCUACUUUAAUAUAUUCUCUCCAAGCAAUAGAAAUCAUACUCUCAUUUACAUGUAUAGUUCACAUUCCAUUUCUGUUUUAAUUUUUGUGUGCAAUAGCCAGUGCUGAAGAGACCCAGUUAGAAACCUCAUACCCUACUUUCUGAGUCAAUGAGAGUUGUCCAUCUUCGUGGAGUGUCCUUAUAAAUGAUUGGGUCUUGUAUGAUAUCGCAUGUCUGAGGAUAUGUGAUGUUGGUCAGUUAAACAACCCUUUAAGAAAGAAGAUUCAUCGCAAAUUGAUUAAGAAGAGAAUUGGCGGAAGAUUCCGACAACGUUUUGUUAAAGAUGAUGCAUCAUGAGAUUGUAGAGAAUUUGGUGGUUAUUGUAAUCGAGUGUGUAUAUGUAAAUGAACGGAAUAAAUGGUUCUUAUGGUGAA